CCGUGGUCAGGAGGGUCCGGGCUGGGGUUGCCGAGCGCUGGGCGAGAAAUCUCCGUAGAGUCGGGAAAAGGAAGUGACGCCACACGUCCGGUUGCACGGUCUGCGGCUUGCGCCUCCACUGUCGUCCUGAGGAUGUCAUUGCUCUCCGGCGUCCACCUGGGCCUCCCCUUCCCAGCUGCGCUGCAGCGCGUGGCUCUCGUCUCCGGCUCCUACUGCUAUUACCACUACGGCUGCGACGGAGUGGACGACCGUGGUUGGGGCUGUGGCUACCGUACCCUGCAGACGGUGUGCUCGUGGCUGGGGGCGGCUGGGCCGGGAGAGGCCGUUUCCCGCCCCGCCCCGUCCCUGAAGGAGAUCCAGAACGCCCUGGUAGAGAUGGGGGACAAGCCCCCUUCGUUUGCUGGCUCCCGAGACUGGAUCGGCACAGUGGAAGCAGCCCUUUGCCUGGACCACUUCUACGCUGUGCCGGGCAGGCUGGUCCACGUUCCCCGUGGCCAGAGCCUGGAGAAGGAGCUGGAGACCUUGUACGCCCAUUUCCUGGGGGGCGGCCCCCCCGUCAUGAUGGGAGGAGACCGGGACAACUCCUCCAAGGGACUGCUGGGAGUCUGCUCUGGGCCAGACGGGCAUCACCUCCUGGUUCUUGACCCACACUAUCACGGGGGAGCAGGCUCUCUGGCGAAGGAGGAAUUGCAAGCGGAGGGGUGGGUCUGUUGGAGGGAACUUGGCACCUUUGAAAGGGGAUCCUUCUACAACCUCUGCUUGCCUCAGUUCAAGACAGGAGCAUGACCCAGGGAAAGGGGGUCUUCGCGGAAGGAGCUGAAAGCUACGGAGCCGGGUCUGAUCCAUGAAAGGGGAGCGAAGAGAGGACUUGUGUCACACAGCUGGCUUGUUUGGGAGCCAUGGGGAGGGACUCCGUCGCAGGUAGCAGAUUGUGGGAGAAGCCCUUUGUGCCACAACACAGGUUCUUGACCACAGGCCUGUCUGCGGACACUCCCUGCUCAAGCUAAGCGCCACCACUUUAUGAGCCUGAGGUGAAGGACAAACACCACCUUUCUACGAACUCUGUGGAGAACGGGGUUAAACAGGAAUGAUUUCAGGAAUAAAACAAUGCGCUGUGAAUUAUAUGUGCUGAUGGUGAAUUAAUGUCAGAACAGGUGUUAUAUGUAGAUAACUGCAGAUGAAAUGCCAAGGAGAC